AUGGCAGAGCUAGAUGGUAGGCUGAUUAUCAAGUACAAAGUGAGUGCACAUCCUCCUUGCUCAGGUGAUUCUAGCCAUAUUGGUAAAAGCAGAAGCUUUCCCAAGGAUGCCCCUCCUGCACCACCUCCCAGCCUGGGACCUGGUAUCCUUUCUAUGGCAGUCCUGCAUCCACUCAGCACACCUCACUACACCACUUAUCAUACCAAACAAAAAGAGGCAACUCUUCCCACUUGUGACAAGGAAGAGGGAAACUGUCGCAUGGACUGUGUGGUUCUGGAACUUCCUGUGGAGGUGAGCUAUAGGAUUGAGCUGCACAGAUUCUAUCAUGAAUCUGAACCUAGAAGGAUCAGUAGGUGA